CGCAAACGAAGUGGCGGUAUAACAGGGCUCACUUCGCAAGCGUCCCGCUUCCAUACCGCUGAAGACGAUCUACAAAAAAAGCACCAUGAAAGUGCUGCUUUUCGCAUUCCUCGUGAUCAGCACGUACGGAUGUUUCUUGGUCCCUCCUGAAGAUCCAGAUUUGUGCUCUUUCGACGAUGUCAAGCUUGGAAUUAUUUUGAGAUGCAUCAGGCAGAGAGCCUCGGUUAGGCUGCGCAAUGGACUUGACCACCUUCUACACGUCUCCCAGUGCCAGAGUGACACCUGUGCUUUCAACAAGAUCUGCGUUGAAGCACCCUACGCAGCUCCCUUGGAUGUGUAUAUGAAGCCGAGGCCCCGCAGAGAGUUCUGGGUAAUCGCUCAGAAGUGCGAGAAGGAGCUGCCUCCGGACGACGAGACGGUUAACCACACUGUCCCCACAUAGGCCAAUCGUUGCCUACGACCAAGUACUCAGAAUAGCUAUAAAAUGGCCAGUCAUUGUUCCGCUGUCAUAUUGUGCUUCAAUACUGUCAUUUUGUCUUUUUCCUGACAUCACGCAUUUAUACUGUA